GAAGGGACGGAAAAGAAAGCAUGAUCCUGAACUAGAAACUGAAUAUAAACAAAUACCAAAGGCUAAGGGUAGAAAAAUGAUACAAAUUGAGGCUCAAAAGAAGAAAGCAGCUCUUCCAGUUUGGAAAGCGACACCUUCAUUGCCAGAUGGUACAAUCCUUUCUGGGUUUACUAAAAGAGAGUGGAGGCUAGAGAAAUCAAUAAGAAAUGGAGGUUUUGGACUGAUUAACGAAGUAUCUCCAACUACAAAAUCCUCAGGCAGUUAUGCCAUUAAAGUGAAACCACAAGACAACGGACCAUUAUUCUGUGAAGUAGCAUUUUACAGACGAGCAGCCACUUCAGACUUGAUAAAUGAUUGGGUGAAGUCUCAUGAUUUGAAGUAUCUUGCAAUACCUCAGUUCAUUGAUUGUGGAAAACAUGAGUCUUCAUCUUUGCAGUAUCGCUUUCUUAUAAUGAAGAGAUUUGGAGACAAUAUUGAAAAGCUUUUUGAAGAAGCCGGGAGCAAGUUUGGAGUAAAGACUGUUUGCUAUCUGGCAUUAAGAAUAUUAGAGGCACUUGAGUACUUGCAUGAUUCACAUUAUGUUCAUGCAAACAUUAAAGGCGCUCACAUACUUACUGGAUAUUCUCAUAGAGAUCAGGUGUACUUGGUAGAUUAUGGAUUAGCUUUUCGAUAUUCUCCUAAUGGUGAACACAAGCCAUACAAACCUGAUCCAAGACGUAGUCACGAUGGCACUAUUGAAUUCACAAGCAUUGAUGCACACGAUGGAGCUAGUCCAUCACGCAGAGGAGAUCUGGAGAUACUUGGCUACUGCUUGUUACAAUGGUCUUGUGGUAGACUACCAUGGGAGGAUUAUAUAAAUGAUAUGCCAAUGGUAGCAAGUUUGAAAAGAAGGUAUAAAGAUGUUCCCACUAAUCUGAUUAAGGAUUGCUUCAAAGGAAAAACAUACCCAAAAUGCCUUAAAAGUUACAUGGAAUCUAUUUAUAAACUUUCAUACGAGGAAAUUCCUAAAUACGAGAAUUUAAAAAACUUAUUUUUCAAAGAACUGAAAGAUAAUGGGAUGAGUGAUGAUGGAACUGGCCUUGACUGGAUAAGUAGAGGAGGAGGUGAAAGGGGCGAGUUGAAGGGACGGAAAAGAAAGCAUGAUCCUGAACCAGAAACUGAAUACAAAGCAAUGCCAAAGGCUAAGGGCAGGAAAAUGACAUGAAAUGAGACGACUAA